UACUUUUAAAUGUUGUUUCAUUCUAUUCUCCAUCAAAUUAAGUUAUACUGACAAUAAGACCCAAAAUAAUGGUUUCAAUUUAGAAGAUUGUUUUGUUGCCUCUAAUUAGUAUUAAUGUUGUAUCCCAAAUCUUGUCUGUUUAGUUAGGCAAUAAGGUAUUGUAGUCCGAACAAGAAUGACACCACCCUCAAGUCACCAUACAGACUAAACCAGUUGUGUUUAUACAGAUAUCAAUUGUUAAGGCUUCACCCAUUGUUCUGAGAUGAACUUCUGUCUAUUUAUGUGUGCUGAUAAAUAACAAGUGUUAUUAUUGUUUUCAUUGAGAGUUAUGAAUCUUACAUCGGUAGCAGUGUUUAUAUGAACACUGUAGCUUGUUUCUAACAAUAACAUAGCAUAAUACCUAAUGGCCUAUUAUCAUGUCAAAUACAUCUGAAAACAUGACAACCUGAGUUAUUAGACAUGUGUUUUUCUUCACACACACACACACACACACACACACACACACACACACACACACACACACACACACACACACACACACACACACAGACACAGACACAGACACACACACACACACACACACACACACACACACACACACACACACACACACACACACACACACACACACACACACACACACACACACACACACAUACACACAGACACAAUUGCUUGUCCAUUUACCCUUCAUUGCAAAUGAAACAAGAGUAGCUGAGAACUCAAUUAGGAUGGGCUUUGAUCAGCUGUCCGCUUAAAAAUAACCAUCUCUACAGAGCUUUAAAUAGCAGUUGUAAAUGUGUGUAUAUUGUUCCAGAUUCCCAAGGAAGAUGAGGAGAACGUUUGAGGCCAGAAUGACCCCUUCCUAUGUAAUAUUUCCGUUUGAUCCUCUUUCCAAUCGUGCUAUGGGUUGACUAUUACAUUAAUACUAAAUUUGUCAAUAUAAACAUAGUAGUAGCAGUAGCCAUAUGCUACUAUAGGUCUUACCUAAUAUACAAAGUAAAGUAAAUUAAUAGUCACUCACAACAGAUUGCCUAUAGCAAGAAGGCCACCCACUGCGCAUUGUCAUUGCAAAACGCAGUUAUGCCUCAUCAUGCAUCAUGUGUGCUGUGCCUACUUGUUUCAGUUAGCAGGUGUUUGCAGGCAGCAGUGUGAGGGCACCGUCCGUUUGGAUCGCGACCGGUGCGACUUAACGGUGUGCAUUAAACGACGGCGCAAACACCACGGCGUCGCUUAUUCACUCAUCUUUCCUCAAUUCGCUCUAGCAGACGUUUGAUUGGCUGCCAAUGACAUCAUGCUCUCGCACACGGGACUCUCCAGCACCGAACGCCGUUCAAUUGACAAUCCCCGCCAACCAAAGACGAUGACGAUUCGACAACAACCCUCCCAUCACUGGUCUGGCGCUCACUGUAUGCCGCGGAUGAAUUGAAUAUUAAUGAAGCCGUGGAUUGGUUAGUAUACGUGUCAAUCCCAGAGCGGGACUUCUGUAGGUUGUCCGAGUUCCCUCAGUAUUAUUACUGGGGGAGCCACCGGGUAAAAGUCAAAAUGUUGCCCAUCUACAUCACCGGGACGAACUGAACAGAGGCAGCGUUUUUCCGCGACGGGGAAUAAUAUCCGUUUAUACUGCACGCAAGGCAUAACACAACGUUGAAGAAUAAUUGUCUAGCCACAACCUCAUCCCGUUGUUUGCCUCCUGUUGUGCUCUCCUGACAGUGCUGCGUUGACUUCUCCGUGUCCGUCCCGCCCUCGGCCUUCCCCAUGCCUCCAUCUCCUCUAGACGACAGAAUAGUGGUGGCGCUGCCCAGGCCGGUCCGACCUCAGGAACUCCAACUGCGCCUGGACGCCAGCUACCUGGACGCCAUCGCCAUCAACAGCGGUGGCGGCAGCGGCAGCAGCAGCAGCAGCAGCAGCAGCAGUAGUAGCCGUCGUACCAGCAGCACUAGCAUCAGUAGCAUCAGUACUAGCAUCAGUAGCAUCAGUAGCACCAGCAGCGGCGGCGGCGGCGGCGGCAAGACCAUCGUCAGCAGCACCACGCUGGUCCAGAUCCGAUCGACGACCGAUCUCGUGACGUAUAUGCCCUCAUCCAACGGCUCUACGCGCUCCUUGUCGUGUGGCUGCAGCAGUGCCAGCUGCUGCUCCGUCAGCACCUAUGAGAGGGACGCACGCGCUCAUGCCCACCACGGCCACCACCACGCCCCCAGCCAGGUGAGCGCCAGCAGCCCCAACCUCAGCUAUGCGGGGCCGUCCUCCCCCAGCCCGGCGCCCACGGCGCUGGGCAGCCACGGGGCCGGGAGCACCCCCAGCCUCAGCUCCACCGGCCCGCCCCGGGCCCAGCACUCCUUCCGGGUCAUCCACCCCAACGAACUGGCCCGGCGGCUGGCCUGCUGCCCCGUGGGCCACCCGGUGGCGGGGCCCCUGCCCGUCAUCGUGGACUGCCGGCCCUUCACGGAAUACAACAAGGGCCACGUGCGCGGCGCCGUGCACAUCAACUGCUCGGACAAGAUCAGCCGGCGGCGGCUGCAGCAGGGCAAGGUCACGGUGCUGGAGCUGGUGUCCUGCCGCGAGGCCAAGGACUCCUUCAGGGGGGGGGUCUUCGCGCGCGACCUGGUGGUGUACGACGACAGCACGUCCGACCCGGCGCGGCUGGCCCCCUCGCAGCCCCUCAGCGUGGUGCUGGAGUCCCUGAGGAGGGAGGGCAAGGACCCCAUCGUCCUCAAAGGGGGCCUCCACGCGUUCAGGCAGUGCCACGAGCACCUCUGCGACCACUCGCUGCGGCUCCACGAGGGGCCAAACGGCGGCGGCGGCGGCGGGCCCGGGGCGGCGGCGGCGUUGGCCGGCCACGCCGUCGGGCCGCUGCCGUCCAUGCCGGACAUCGAGAACGCCGAGCUCACCGCCAUCCUGCCCCUCCUGUACCUGGGCAACGAGCGGGACGCGCGGGACCUGGCCAUGCUGCGGCGCGCCAACAUCGGCUUCGUGCUCAACGUCACCACGCACUUGCCGCUGUUCCACUACGACACCGGCCUGUUCUGCUACAAGCGGCUGCCCGCCACCGACAGCAACAAGCAGAACCUGCGCCAGUACUUUGAGGAGGCCUUUGAGUUCAUCGAGGAAGCACACCAGGCCGGGAUGGGCCUGCUGAUCCACUGCCAGGCGGGCGUGUCGCGCUCGGCCACCAUCGUCAUUGCCUACCUGAUGAAGCACACCUGGAUGACCAUGACCGACGCCUACAAGUUUGUGAAGGCGCGCCGGGCCAUCAUCUCCCCAAACCUCAACUUCAUGGGUCAGCUGCUGGAGUUCGAGGAGGACCUGAACAGCGGCAUCACGCCUCGCAUCCUCACGCCCAAACUCAUGGGGGUGGAGACCAUGGUCUGAGGCACCCCGUCUCCAACCCGUUGUUUCUUCUUCCUCCACCACCACCACCACCACCAACAAUAACCACAACAACAAAGAAAUCACACACACACACACACACACACACACACACACACACACACACACACACACACACACACACACACACACACACACAUACACACACACACACACACACACACAGAGACACAAACACACCCAUGCACCUCCAGGCUCUGGAGUUCUCUUGAUUGGGUAUUGUGGGGUUUGGAGGGGGGUGGGGGAAACGUCUCCCGGUCUUCUUGGACCUUCUGUGGAGAGGGAUUACAGGCAACAGGUUUGAUUGCUGAGGGGAAGAAAUGCCAUAAAAACUGAAUACAAAAAAUACCCCCCCACUCCCCCUCCCGUCUGGACCUGCCUGAGGCCAGUGGGUCAGAUGGACACGCAGAAGACAGAGAGAGAGAAAGAGGGUGAAAGAGAAACGGAUCAUGGAUUUGGAGGCUGUGCGUGCCAUGCAAGAUAGAAGGGAAACAGAAAAGAAAUGUAUAUUUAAAGAAUUCCUAAAAUAAUAAUGAAAUACAUGCAAGAAUUUAUUGCAGGCUUAGUCCAGCUACAGACUCUGGUUCACACUGUGGCGCACAAUUUCUCUUCUUGAAGACCCAAGAGUAGGCUGGCCACAGCAGUGCUUGCCUGCCACACACACACACAACUAUAAACACACACACACACACAAACAUACAUAAACGCACGCACACACACACACACACACACACACACGCACACACACACACACACACACACACACACACACACACACACACACACACACACACACACACACACACACACACACACACACACACACACACACACACACACACACACACACACACAAAGAGAACGACAAAGACUUGUUUGGUGUGCUGAUGUAUUUGAUCUAUUUUUAUACAGGGGUUUUUGGGGGGGUGACCACGACAAGUCCAUAGUGGCUUACUGUGCAAUAAUUUCAAGGUGAAAUGCUUGAGUGCUUGAUCUUAUACUGUAUGUAUAUAUCGGUCAUUACUUUUUUUUUGCUUUCUGCUGGAAUACCAGUUUGAUGUUACUGUACUAUUACCGUUGCUAUCUUGUCUGUUAUAUCAGUCCAUGUUGAUGGUGCAUUCACAAAUGCUGUAAUAUUUGAUAUGGAGGUGAAUACGAUUGGCAAAUGGUUCUCUAUUUUUCAGUUGUGAAGUCGCGCUUUAUCCGCGUGUUCAUCCAUCAUCCGGGCGUAUUUGUUUUAAAAAAGUAGAAAAAAAAAACAGAACCACCGAUUUAAUUUGGCUGCUCGUGUGUCUCCGGUAUAUGUGUAUUUCUUCCAUUCCUGCCUCCUUUACUCUUAAUGACCCAGUGCAGUGAUACCUUUUGAUUAAAGCGACGUGAGGGGAGCCGUGCUGAGCGCAUGGCUCCCAGUAGAGAGAGAGGCAGGUCUGUAAUUAAAGAGUGUUUAACUAUCAUAGGGCUAACGGGGAUCGCUGUGCCAGUAGAACAAGGGACUCUUCUGACUCUUGCUUCAUCUGCUAUUUCUAGCUCCAAUUCACUUUUAGAACCCCCCCCCCCCUCCCCCUGGUAUCUUCUAACACUGUUGUUUUAUUUGUAUUGUAUUCUGUUAUUUUCCUCCUGUAUACAACCGUACGAAUAUGUUUUUAUUUAACAUUCAUCACAGAGUAGCAAAAGCUACUCUCCGCUUCGAGUACCAACCAGAAUGCAGCAAAUGUCUCUGCGCCUUCGGUCAGGGUUGACAGAGGCAGAGUAGCGUACCAUACCAAACCCCUUGUCUCACAUGCAUCGAUCGGCCCUUUAUUACCCCCAGCCCCAACCCCCCGGCCCUGCCCCCGCCGCUACAGUGAAACGGGGCGCCCAUGAACCGCCUUCCACAGGCGAGAGCUGCUGUACCCCUGCUGUCCCAGUGCCUCUAUCGAUGCCUUAACCCACCUGGUGGGACCCCCGUGGGCUUCAUGUGCCCCACCUCAACCAAUGACACGCGCACACAGAGAAAACACAAUUAUGACCCGGACCCCUUCUCCUUCAGAUAUAGAAGAGACACAAACCAAGAAACGCUGGUUUCACACAGUCUCUUGUUUUCAUAUGCAGGAUCCUUCAUACCUAACGGGGGUGAUGGCCUCAAGCAUACACUCAAUGGAGAAUACGAUUGAAUAGUAAAUAGUGGGAUGUCGACAUUAGGUCUUCUGACAUUGGGUCACAUGCAUUUAGCCAAUAGGCCCUUUUCACAGAAGUGUCAUCGCAGGACAAACACAGACCACAGCUCAGGGCCCUCACUAUAGGUCGGCUUCUUUGUGUACACGUAGUAGACUGAACUAGUGUAGAUGACACGCAUUGACCAUUGCUGGUGCUUUAACACAUAAAUGCAACACCAGCCGAUCUACCCAAUGUUAAUGUUGGGCUACACCUGUAUUUACCCUAUGAUGACAUCUCUGUGAAAAUGGUCCAUGGUGAUUGUGUGUCAUCUUCACCAGUUUGGUCUACUACCCGUGCCAGUACAUAAAAGUAGCAGACCAGUAUUUUGUGUUAAGAGCGAUUCCUGUGUUUAUCUUACGAUGACACCUCUGUGAAAAGGCUCUAUUUGCAUGUUAGCCUAACUUGUCCUUGUUCACUCUCAGUCGCAAACAUCCAGAUUAGCUGUGAGCCAAAUCUUAAAAAAAAUCAUGACACCUGUUUUUCAGUUUUUUCUCUGUAAUUCCAAUGUCAACACACGCUGACUAUGUUGCCCGCUGUCAAUCAAACCACUUCAAAAUGUUUACAAGAUGAAUACUGUGUGAUGCUAACGGGUGCUAGCGGGUAGAAGGAGGCUACGCACAACUUUCACCCAACUCGGUGUACAUAGUGUAAAGACUCGCCUUUGCCACGGUGAGUGUGCAUGUGCAUGCAGCUUAACCAAGCCUCUCAAUAUCAAUUAAUCACCAUUAACCAUGUAUGGAUAUGAUAAUAGAAGGCCUAUACAGUAGGCUAUGCCAUUUCCUCUUAACUAAAACAAUUAGAAUGAACUACCACAAACAUGUUUGAAAUACCUGAAAAAGAACAGGGAGGAAGUGAGCCUAACUUAGUGGAAUCUUUGAAUUCAUAAAAGCGUACAGAUUUCAGAGGGCCUCAUAGUUAAAAAUUCAACAAGGAGCUGGGAAACGCAUAGACUUCAGCCACCCAAUCCCUAAAGCAAAUGCUCCUGCUAUGCAAAUGAAGUGACAGCACGUCCUAUAGCCCGGGCUACUUUACUACAACGACGGUGCCGUCUUCCUCCAAGUAUCACUUGAAACGUGCUAUAUGCAUUUAUUAUAUUGUAUUCAUUUCUGUAAUUCUUAAUGAGAUACGGGGUAUUAUGGCAACUUGAACAAACCCUCUGUGAUUGUAUUUCUUUUUAAGGCAUUUAAAAAUAGCUGUGUGUUUACCCCAGCACCUGUUUAAUCUUUUGGUUGUCAUUGGCGUGUGAGUGCCAUGUCUGUUUUGGUGCUUUCCAAAUUAAUGUAUAGGGAUGAUCUGAAAAUGUAUGACCAUUUGCAAAAAAAAAGAGCCAACUUUGGAUCUUGGACCCACCCCCUUUGGCUCGGUAGUUCGUCCCGGGAUCAGUUUGUUUAGUGUGAUUCUGUAGAUGGUUGUACCUGUUCUUGAUACGAGUGCUACUGUAAAUGAGUCUCUCUCGUUUCGGAAUACAAUGCAUGCAAGGGAAUGAGGGGACACUCACACACUCUCAUCAUGGUGCUGCACCCCCCCCCCCACCCUCACACACACACACACACACACACACACACACACACACACACACACACACACACACACACACACACACACACACACACACACACACACACACACACACAUACGCAUUCACACACACAUACAUAAACAUACAGCAUUUAAUCACACACACAAACAAACCCUUUACACAUUAACAGGCAGAGAAAUACACACACCUCUUGUCUAUGACCCAAGUGAGAACGUUUGAAGAGGCAUCAUGGCAAGCCACGCCCUAUUAUUAUUGUUCCCAAAAUAAAGUUGGCGGUGGCGGUGAAUUGAUCCCGUUCCACUGCAGCACUGUAGUCCACCACUAGACUUCAGGGGCCCCUGCUUUGGGCUCCUCUGUUCCCCGGUCUUUGCUCUACAGGUGUAUGUAACUUUCUAUGUGUCCCUACAAGUAAAUGCUUUAAGUAUAUACAGUACCUAUAAAUAUCUAUCUAUUUUCUUUGUAUGCCUAUAGCUAUAAAGAUCUAAAUAUAUAUAUAGAUAUAUAAAUAUAUAUAUAUACAUUACUAUUUUUGCACUGAGCUAUCAACAGCUGAAAUCGUUUUGGUUGUUUGUUGUUGAUCUUUUUUCCACAAAGGGUGCUAUUAUAACGGAGGCCUUCUCCCUCACCUUUAUUUGAUUUCUUUUGUUUUGCAUGUCUUGCUCAAGGGUCCCUUCGGCUGGAUCUGGGCGUCCACCCUCUCUUUCUCCUUCUCUUUGAAAUGGCUGCCGUGGGGGGUCAUUUUGUGAAUUUGUAAUUCCUACCUGUGAGGUUUGAAAUAAACAGGGUGUGGAGCAGGAGUGUAGUUUUUCUCGAGUCCUGUGGAUUUGAUUCUGGGCUGUAACACUGGAAUCGCAUUUUUAUUUUUAUGUUCAUCCCUAGAUGUUGCCGUGUCAAAAACAAACAAAUCCAUAAUAUUUUAUCUGGCUUGUAUAUCAGAGGUUAUCAAAGACUAUGAAUAUUUAUACGUAUCUUUCAACAAUGUGUCUUAAAGGGGACAUAUUUUACCACCAGGUGUGAGUGUGAUUAGCCUUACAAGCCGAUGAUAUAUAUCUAAAUAAAUAUAUAUAGAUAUAUAUCUGAUAUAUUGUGUUAAGAAUUUAACAUGUGAUUAUAAGUCUUUGGCAAUUGCAAUACAGUGUUAACACUGUAUUGCAAUGUGUUGCAAGAAGGAGUCCCAGAAUUGGCUAGGUUUAUGACUUAUAAUCACAUGUUAAAUUCUUAAAAUUAUAUAUCAGAAACAGGGCCAUUUUUACAUCCUGUUUGAGUGGCAGAAGAGAGCAGUAGUUGUCCCGCUACUCCCCUGCAAUCAGCCAUGUGUUGUUGUGGCCCUGUAUUUACUCAGCUCUGAUGCCUGCUUGGCUUUGGGCGAGUGAGUGAGUGUGUGUGUUUAUUUGUACAUUCAUCAUAUUGUGUGUUUGUGUGUGUGUGUGUGUAUGUGUGUGUGUGUGUGUGUGUGGAGACAGACCUUGGGGGUCAAGUUCUCUCCCCUCCUUAGGGACAAGCACCAUUUUUUUUCCCUCUUGUUUAUUUCUUUAUUUUUAAA